AUGAAACAAGCGUUCAUCAAAUUCUGUACAUGCUGUAGUGUUUACGCAGAAAAUAAUGUUCAAUUAUAAAUAACGUCAUGCGAUAUGUAAUGAACUUUGCUUGUUUUCAUUAAAAUAACAACACAGUCGGAGCGCACAACAAACUUUUAGUUUGCCAGGAAAUGAGAGGUUUUGUGACCGCAGUUGUGUGACGGCUGCGCACUUUCACUUUCGCUUAACCUUGCCGCACAUCUGUGCCAUUGAUAAUCAACUUACAGAUGCAGAUCUACAGCAGAAUCACUCAGAUAUACAACUGCUUUAACCACCAGCAAACAUCUUAAAGAUGCUCUUAAGAAGUCGCUUUUUAAUCUGCCUUAGAUUUGUCAUUUUAUUAUCUGGUCUUUUUGUUGGCAACCAUGGACAAACACCUGUCAACACGGACACAAACGUGUUGCCUUUCCCCUGGACCAAGAUGAGACUUCCAGACACCGUGAAGCCCCAACAUUAUGAUCUCCUGAUCAAGCCCAACCUGACCUCCCUGACCUUCAGUGGAUCUGUUGAGAUCCUCCUCGAGGUAGAAAAGGACACCAGAGCGAUCAUCCUCCACAGCAAGAACCUUCAGAUCUCCAGAGCUUUGUUUUUGGACUCCAGACCUCCUUUGGAUCUUCGAGUCAGUGAGUUUAAACCUCAUGACCAGAUAGCCCUCUUCUCUGAUCACUUCACAUUUACAAGAGGAAGACAUGUCAUACGGCUGGAGUUUUCGGCCAACUUGUCUGACAAUUUUCAUGGGUUUUAUAAAGGCACAUACACCACAAGCAGUGGAGAGGUCAGGAUCUUGGCAUCUACUCAGUUUGAAGCAACGUACGCCCGAUUAGCCUUUCCUUGUUUUGAUGAACCUGCAUUUAAAGCCAACUUUACCAUCCGUGUACAAAGAGAGUCGAGACACAUUUCCAUAUCCAACAUGCCCAAGUUAAGAUCUGUAGAUCUAGGUGAUGGACUCUUUGAAGAUCAGUUUGACACAAGUGUGAAGAUGAGCACCUAUCUGGUGGCCUUCAUCAUCUGCGACUUCCCUUCCAUCAGUAAGAAAAGCCAGCAUGGUGUCGAGAUAUCAGUGUAUACUGUUCCUGAGAAGAUCAGUCAAGCAGAAUAUGCUCUCAACACUGCCGUCACACUGCUGGACUUUUAUGAUGAUUAUUUUGAUAUCCCAUAUCCACUUCCCAAACAUGAUCUUGCUGCAAUCCCCGAUUUUCAAUCGGGCGCGAUGGAAAAUUGGGGCCUGUCAACGUACAGAGAGUCUGGUCUGCUGUUUGACCCUGAGAAAUCUUCAUCCUCUGACAAACAGGGCAUCACUAAAGUUAUCGCCCAUGAACUUGCCCACCAGUGGUUUGGGAAUCUGGUGACUAUGCAGUGGUGGAACGACCUGUGGUUAAACGAGGGCUUCGCCAAGUUCAUGGAGUUUGUGUCGGUCAACAUCACCCAUCCUGAACUGCAAGUGGAUGAUUAUUUCCUAGAGAAGUGCUUUACUGCGAUGUCCGUGGACUCUUUAAGCUCCUCUCACCCCAUCUCAACCCCGGUGGAGAAUCCUGCUCAGAUCAGUGAGAUGUUCGAUGACGUCUCCUACCAGAAGGGAGCGUGUAUUUUAAACAUGCUGAGGGAUUUCUUGACCCCAGAAGCGUUCAAGUAUGGUAUUAUACUCUACCUGAAGAAACACAGCUACCAGAACACCGCCAACGCUCAUCUUUGGGAAAGUCUAACUAAUAUCUGCACUUCUGGAUCAGAUUCAGGAAGAUUAAAACUUGAUGGAUUCUGUUCCAAAAAAAGGCCUGAAACUCCAGAGUCUCAGAAGUGGUUUAUGGAGGACAGCAUUGAUGUGCGAGCCAUUAUGGACACAUGGACGCUACAGGAAGGCUUUCCUUUGAUUACUGUGGAGGUCAAAGGUCGAGAAGUCUUACUUAAACAGGAGCGCUUUCUUAAAGGGGCAGACUCUACAAAGAGUUCACAAAAAGUCCUGUGGCAGGUUCCUUUGACCUACAUCACCAGCCAAAAUCAUGAAGUCCAGCGUUUUCUGCUUAAAAGUGAAAGAGAUGUGUUACACCUGCCUGAGGAGGUUAAAUGGGUCAAAUUUAAUGUGGACCUGCGAGGGUUUUACGUUGUGCAUUACGAGUCAGGCGGCUGGGACGCUUUGAUCAAACAACUUCAGGACGACCACACUGUGUUCAGCAGCAAUGACAGAGCCAGUCUCAUUCAUGACAUCUUCCAGCUGGUCAGUAUUGAAAAGGUUCGUCUGGAUGAAGCUCUGAAUCUGAGCGUGUAUCUCAGUGGAGAGUCAGAGAUCAUGCCUGUAACUCAGGGCUUCAGUGAGCUCGUGCCGCUUUACAAACUCAUGGAGAAGAGAAACAUGGAGGAACUGGAGAACCAGCUAAAGGGUCAUUUAGUAAAGUUAUUUAAAAGCCUGAUCGACAAACAGAGCUGGACCGAUGAAGGUUCUGUAUCAGAGCGAGUACUCAGAAACUAUCUGCUGCUGUUUGCCUGCGUGCGCCGUUACCCAUCAUGCAUCAGUACUGCCACAGAUCUCUUUCAGAGGUGGAGAGAAUCUGAUGGAAAAAUGUGGCUGCCUGUUGAUGUUCGUUUGGUGGUGUUCACUGAAGGAGCUCGCACAGAUGAAGGAUGGGACUUUCUGCUGGAGAAAUAUUUGAGGUCGGCAUCGCCUUCGGAGAAGAGUCUGAUCAAAGCGGCUCUGACGUAUAGUCCUCUAACGCACAAACUUCAGUGGCUGCUGGACAGGAGCAUUGACGGAAAUAUACUGAAAACUCAUGAGCUUCCUUCGCUCAUUAUCAGUGUUAGUAAAAACCAAAACGGUUACAAACUUGCCUGGGAGUUUCUGAAGGCCAACUGGGGGAAGCUGGUGAAAAAGUUUGAUCUUGGUUCAUCUGCGAUAUCUCGCAUGGCUGUCGGAGUAACCAAUCAGUAUUCCACCAGAGAAAUGCUGGAAGAGGUUCAGUCUUUCUUCACCUCACUGACACCAGAACAGGGGUCUGAACUUCGCAGCAUUCAGCAGGCCCUUCAGAAGAUCCAGGAGAACAUUCGCUGGAUGGACAAGAACAUCCCACUGCUGAAAGUUUGGUUAGAUGCACACAGUUCAUGAAGCCGAUGACCCCAGAGAGCUUUUGAAAGUGUUUUGACACUGGUUUACCUUCAGUGUGUCUUUUUACAAUAGGUGUUUGACACUGCAGGUUUAUUUGUGUGUUUAAAACUGUUCAUGGUCAAUAUUAAAACCUCAUUUGACAUUAAACACAUUUUAUUGAUUUUUAAAACUUGCAGAAUUGCCUGAAUUAGUGAAUAAAAAACCAAAAUUA